AUGUCUACCUUCACAAUUCUAGGAAAAUCAUUUACACUUUGGUGUUUCGAUCAAGAAAGUAAAGUCAUUUUCAAAGUUAUAAUUGGUGAAAAUAAUGAUAUUUUCGACCUUAAGGAGCUCAUCACUAAAAAACUUCCUGGAGAUUUGAAAGCUGUACAACUUUUAUUAUGGAAAGUUGACAUUGAAUACAAUAAAAUUAAGAAUAUCACUCUUGAUUGUCUGUUAAUUGAUAAAUUAGAAAAUGAGAUAGAUACCGUUGGAAGAGCUUUUGAUGGUAUCGCAGAAAGCAUCAAAAUUCGUGUUAUCCUCGAAAAACUCGUAGACACCGAAAAAGAAAAUAAGAGCAUAAAUGAAGAGGAACUCGCUAUGCUUGAGUUUUGGAAAGGUCUUUCCAAAGCAAAAAUUAUUUUCCCCUAUAUUCAAAAUAUGUUGUUGGAUAAUUCUUUCUUUGUAAUCAAGAAUGAAUCGGAGCUGGAAUUUAAUUUGAGACCAACUGUUAAAGAUGAAUAUAAGGAUAACAAAUACGUUUAUUUGAAAGAUGAUGUUAAUAUGCAAAUUGAUGAUUUAUUGGAGCAAUUUAAUUGCGAUGGAUUUUUAUGCUUGCCAAAUAAGGUGUUUUUUCUUGGAAAUCAAUCCUUUGGAUCACAUCUUCUCAUACGUAGUUGUUAUUUAGAACUUAUUCAUGCAAUUCCUCUCUUGGAAAUUCAUAAUUUGAUCAAAUAUGGAUGCAUAAUUACUGGCACACCCGGAAUCGGAAAGUCAUAUUUUGGUCUAUUUCUUUUAUAUUACAUUCGUCACCACUAUCCCGAUGCAACAAUAAUUUGGGAAUUGGCGGACAAGGUUGACCAAUUGUAUGAGUUCUCGUCAAAUGGUAAUGUACGAAGUGGAAAUAUAAAUAUGUUUCGUAAUACACUUGCAAGCAAAAAGAACUUUUAUCUUGUUGAUGCACAAAGACCGAUAAACUGUAAUGCCUACACCAUCUUAUUUUCGUCACCCAAUGAUAAUAUAUAUAAUGUAUUUAAAAAACGGUUGGGGAUCACCAAAUAUUACAUGCCAAUCUGGUCGUUUGAUGAAAUUAAUUUACUUUGGAAUACUCUGUACAAGGAAACUUUAAGAGAAAAGAGCAACAAGUUCUCAUUUGAAAAAUUUGAUACCCUGUUAAAGAGAUGGGGACCGAUACCUCGAACGGUUCUUCAAAAUUGGAAUAACAAGUCAUAUGUUGAGUCAGAUUAUAAAAUAUUGAUCGGUGAGAUCGAUCUGGAACGUACAUUGAUUUCUUUUAGUGAAGAAGGCAUGAAUAAAAGUUCAGCAAGUGGCAGGCUUAUCCACAUACAUGUGAAAUCAGACUUUAUUACUCCAAGAUAUUGUUUUGCCUCAAGAAUGAUAACUAGAGAUAUUAUCGACAGGUAUAUACGCUACAAUCAAAUCAAAUUUCGUCAUUUAUUAAAAUGCACCGGUGGAGAUAGUAAAGUUUCAGCAUUCCGAGGUAGAAUUUUCGAAGAUUUUGCUCAUCAACAGAUACAAAAGGGUGGUGAUUUUAGAAUAAGGCUAUUGACGAAUGGAAUGGUAUCAAUGAAAAAUACUAUAACUGAAUAUAAAAAAAUCAGGAGUUAUAAAUUUAAAGAAUUUUACACUUUAGAGGAUACACGUAAAAAUUAUUAUAAUGUCCCAACUGCGCAGAAUUUUGAAUCUAUUGAUUCUUUUAGUUAUGAUGAAAAUACCCUAUUUUUAUACCAAGUCACCGUCUCAAUGAAACACAGUAUCAAAUUUAAUGCACUAGAUAAAAUCAAAAAAUUUUUAGAUUGGGAUAAAGAUAUUUACUUAUAUUUCGUAGUACCACCGGAAAUCUUUUCUAGAUUUCCUCCACAGAAGUAUAAAAAUUCUAAAGACGAGGAUCGUCAGAAAUUUCCUACAUUGAUUAAUAAACUAUCUCAAUAUGCCUUAGAGGUUCCAAUUAAUGUUAUGAUCGAUGAGGAUUUAAAUAUUGGUGAUGAAAACCAAGAUGAUGAAAAGAGUAAUAAGAGUUACGAAGAAAGUGAUAAUGUUGAAAUGGUAGAGAGUGACGGGUAA